AUGAAGAUUGCACUAGCAUUCUGUCUACUACUCCUAAUCACCUCACAAUGCACUGAUGCGAAGAAAUCUCGUAAACUACACAAAAUCUACAAGUUCCAUAAGAAGGUUCGUAAUGCAGCUAAGAUAUGUCUGAUUCCUGGUCAACCUCCAGCAAAGAAUUUGGCGAAAUUGAAGUGGAACAAAGAGCUGGCCAAGAAAGCACAACAACAAGCCAACAGAUGUGAUUUCUUCUCCGUCGAUCCAAACGACCUAAUCAUCGGUGACUUUGAUUCAGUUGGACAGAAUCUCGCACAAUUCCCAACCAUUUCUGAAGUGCUGAAUUAUUGGUUCAGUGAACAUGAGAAUUACGACUUCGAGAAGGACGAGUGUAAGGCGGAGUGCAAGAACUACAAACAGAUGGUGUGGAGUACUACCAAUGCAAUCGGAUGUGGUGUGAAGAAGUGUCAGGAGAAUUAUCUGGUCAUUUGCAAUUAUGCACCAUCAGAUUCUGAUGGCAGACCAUACGAGGUGGGUUCAAAGAGUCAAUGCAUGCCACGAUGA